AUGAGUGAGCUCGGAGACCAAUUCCUAGAAUGGGUCCAAACAUCGAUUCACGUCCUGGGAGCACUUUAUGAUGACCUAACUCCGAAUCCUACCACUGUGGCUCCUGGUGGGUUCCCUAUGUGGCUACAUCCUAAGAAGGAUUGGACUAUCUUAACGUGCAACUUCGCGAUUUGGAUAUCGAUCCCUUUGAGCUCACGGGGAUACGAAGCCGCCUGGAUAUGGAAAUCUUUAUCAUCGGAUGGCAAUGCCGUUGGCCCACAUCGUCUAGAGGAUGCGUGGAAAGCUGUAGUUGGAGUACACAGAAUCUUUUCUACAAUACUUGCCGCGCACCCUAGUGAGGAUGGCUUUGUUCAAAUCGGGCUCAAUAGGCCGGAGACUCCAGUAACCCAAUAUCAGACUCCAACCUGCCCGGAGGACCUGCUAGCAAGGCAAUCUCGACCAAAGUUUACGGAUGAUCAAGCGAAGCACUCUUUCACCGUGUGCCGAUCCGAGGAUAGCAGCAUUACCUUCAGGCUCGAUAUCUGUCACUCUUUGUGCGACUCCUACUCUAUUUCGACUUUACUAGAGGAUGUGGUCUCAGUGUAUUCUAGCGAUGUCAUGCAGAAUGUGCCGCAAUUCAGUGAUGUUGUCAGGCAUAUCAAGAGGCGGCCUAUAUCUGAGACACUAACAUUUUGGACUUCUGUUCUACACGGAGUAGAGCCAUGUCAGAUUCCCGUAUCCAAGAUGUGCCAAGGUGACCCAGAACUAGAUAUCCACAAGACUAUCUCCAUUCUUUUUGAGUCGAUGACUGGGGUUACCGAGCAAUGUAAGCAGUUGGGGCUGACCCGGUCGACCUUUGUUCACCUUGCUUGGGCUUUGGUACUAUCUUACAUCACGGUUAUGGACGAAAGUUUCUUUGGGUACAUACUAUCCGGUCGAGAUGUUCAUGUGGAGGGUAUUGGCAGGAUCUUCGGGCCUAUGGCCAAUAUACUCAUUAACCACGCCGAUCUAGGCGAAUCUCUUGAAGCAGAUGCAGCCUUGAUAGCAAGAAAUCUCAAGAGCCACCGCCGCCAUCAACAGACUUCUUUGGCGGAGAUCAAUCACGACCUGGGGAAUAAAGAUGAGCGACGACGACUGUUCAACACCAUCGUAUCAUUGCUUUGGAGCAAUCCAUCGGGUGUCAAACGUUUGUACUUUGCGAAGUACCAUCAGGUCAGCUCGCACGAGUUCGCUUUCGUACUCGAAGACCAUCACCAUCCUGGCACCCUUGAUCUUGCUUUGCACUAUCGAACAGCGGGUUUUAGUCACGACGAGGCGCAAGAAUCCGGUACGAUACUGAUAUGGGCGAUUCAGUUCCUUUUGUCUGCAGGGCCCGUUUUUGCGUCCGCAACACGAAGCGCUAUGAUCGAGUCCAGCGAAUCAGAGGCGUCAGUCAGACCCCAAGACAGAUUCUUCCGCUACGUGACUGGUACAGACAGAAGAGUCACUUCCAGUUUCUGGAAGAGUCAGCUUGCCGGGCUUGGUCCCCCUGACCCAACAGCUCGAGACAGAUCUACCGCAGCGGUUGAGAGGGAUCAACAUAUGAAACUAGUGAUGCAGGACAUUGGCAACCACAGCAGCUUUUGUACUGAGGUUCCAGGCCGGGCAGCUUGGUCUACGGUGCUUUCACAAGUCUUCGAUUCCGAAGAUGUUAUCUUUGUGGCAGCCAUUUCUCACCGUCGAGCGGACGACCUUCUGGGGAUCAAAAUCUUUCCGGGAGUCGAUACUUCAGUGGUUCCAAUCAGAGCAUAUUUGGACUGAGAAUUGAAUCUAGUGGACUUCCUACUGAAAUUCCAGUCAGUGGCAAGAGAUGGGUCUGUACCAGGAGGCUCGCCUGGGCCGUAUCGAAC